AUGUCUUCCACUAUUUUUUCACUUCUCGAUCUUUUGGCAUCGAGAUUCAGAUCAGAUUCCCAAAAUGAACAGAAUGCACCAUCAGAAUCUACAGACUCAGAGCCACAUUCACAGCCAAGGUCUAGAUCACAUACCGAAACAUCUAGACCUGGAAAUUUCCCAACAAGAUCACCACCUACAUCAAGACAGAAUCGUUCAAUGACAACACUUGAAGGACCACCUCUUCCACCAAAUUUAAAUAGUACUGAAAAUAAUAAUAAUAAUAAUAAUAAUAAUAAUAAUAAUGAAGUAAAUCCACAACAAUUAGCAGCUUUACAUAUUUUAAAUAAUAAUAAUAAUAGUAAAAAUAAGAAUAAAAAUAGAAGAUCCUCAAAUUUUCAUGGACCAGUACAACCAGGUGGAAAAUCAAGAUCUAAUAGUAUAGCACCAAGUGGAUCAACACCAAAAGUACCAUCUCUAAAUUUACAAGUACCUCCAACAGGAGGAGAUGGCAGAAAGAGUCCAAGAAGAUCGCCAAGAGAAAAUAGAUCAUCAACAACAGUAAAUGUACCAAUACCAACAACCACAACAUCAACUACAACCACAACAACAGCAACUCCAAAUGUUUCAGAGCAACCACCAAUCACUAUUUCAGAACCAAAUCAAACCGAUGUAUCAAAACAAAAUCCAGUAUCAAAUAACGAAACACCUUCUACAACUUCCAACGACAAUGAAGUAAACACAAUUUCAAUUGAGGUUCCUGAAGUUGUUGUUGGCGAAAAUACAUCAGCUCCACCAGAUACACCAACAAUGUUUGGUGCUUCAGUGGGAGCAGGACACGACCAUGGAAUUCUGACGAUCAUUCACAGACCACUGGAGGAAUCUACUGAUCCAAUGGCAGUCGAGAUGGAUGAUUUCGCUCAGGAAGAAUUUUACGAUGAAGAACAAGGUGCUGACUACCAAAAUAAAGAUGAUGAAUUUGAGGAGGAUGAAUACGAUGAUGUCGACGAAGCAAAGAAAGAACCACCACCACCUUUCAGUAAUAAGAUAUUCUUUAGAGAGAUAUUCUAUUACUUUGGAAGAUUGGCAUUGUUGGUACUCAUGGUCUCGACAGUAGCUAUCGGAUAUGGAAUGUUUGAAAUCUAUGCUGGAUGUAGAUUUGUUGAUAUUAAUGUACAUCUUUGGCCAAAAUGGGGUAUCAUUUUACAUGCUAUCUCUCGUAUUAUAUUAAAUACUGCAUUAUGUAUGUUUCCAUAUAUUUUAUUGGCAAUUUCAUUUGGAUUUAAACAAACAAUUAUAUGUUUACCAAUUGGAAUUGUAUCAUCGAUGGGUGCAUCUGCUUGGGCAACCUACAAUGUUGUAAAUCCAAUUUUAGAUGCCAAGCUAGCGUUGUUGCCUUCCUAUUUCUUUUUCGUAGUUGCUUUGUUGUCGAGUGCAACAUAUAUGGGAAAGAAAUUAAAGUCAGCGAAUUUCCGUCAUCUCUUUAUGGGCCAAUUCGUUUUGGCAGCGGUUGCCCUUGUAAUAUAUGAUUUCUUCUUGGUGCCAUUCUACAUCCAGACCUCUUCCAUCAACAAGUCGGUCGUACGUAUUCUCAUUCAUCCAGGACUGUGUGCCAUCGCUCUUUUUGUAUCACGUGCAUGCUCCUCGAGAAUCCAACCGACUCACAAAGGCACCAACGUUUUCCCAGUACUUAUUUUCAUGUGGUUCAACACAUACUACGGACGUUUCUUCAACAGCAACAUGUCACUCGGAUUCAUGACCGGAACAAUGGCCAUUGUCUCGGGACUCGAGCUCAUCUGGCGUACAACAUUGCGUCCACGUGACAAAAAAAUAAUGAAUGCCAUCUGCGGUUUCUGCUUCAACCGUGAACUGAGCCAUUCAAACAACUUUGACAGAAUCUACCGUGACUUCCUCAGACACGAGCAAAUGUACGAGAACACCUCGAUUAUCACGGCGUGUGCAGUCUACUUGGCAUACUACUCGGUGUUCGAUCCAAACAACUUUGAAUACGACAGAAUAUUGGCAAGUAUGGCAAUCCAGUUUGGUCUCGAAUGGGUUACCGACUUGGUCAGUUUCUACAUUGAGUCCAGAGUACACAAACUUGACAUUCUCUACCGUGAGAAAUAUCCACGUGGUUUUUACUUUAUGAUUUGCUACACCUUUUUCCUUGGUAUGGCAUACUCCACAUCGCGUAUCAUUUUAAUCAACAAAGGUCAAUGGAUAUCUUAA